AAGGCCCUCUGUUAGGACGGGUAGUACAGUCGCAGUAGUGUAACGGUAAAGAACGAUCUGAUAUUUUUGGUUUCAAACCCAACGCUUAAAAGUGCAUCUGUUGGUGGUGUGAAACUUUUGUUAUUUUCUACAAAGAACGUGAUAAUUUAUUUAGUAACCAGCGCAAACAGCAGCAUUGUAGCAACAACCAUGGUGAAUGAAAAGGCCAAACAAACCUACUGCGUGAUAGGAGCUGGUACGGCAGGUCUUUGUGCUGCGCGUCACGCACUGCAAGCAGGCGGGCUCGUAACCGUGUUCGAGAUGGGCAAACAGCUCGGCGGCACCUGGGUGUUCAAUGAAGAGACGGGUAAAAACGAAUACGGCAUCGAUGUACACUCGAGCAUGUACAAAGGGCUGAAGACUAACCUACCCAAGGAAAUCAUGGGCUACCCGGACUUCCCCAUACCGGAGCAGGAAAGCUCGUACAUCCCAGCGGAAGAUAUGCUACAUUUCUUCCAACAGUUUGCCGAAUCGUUUGGAAUCUUGGAACACAUUCGCUUCAGUCACUACGUGGUUCGGGUGAAGCCAACGAUCGACGAGAAAGGCUGGGAAGUGAUUGUGCGCGAUUGCCCAAAUGAUCGGUUGGUGACGUACACGUUCGACUAUGUGCUCAUCUGUAACGGACACUAUCAUACGCCGAACUUGCCAAAGUAUCCCGGUAUGAAUAUUUUCCGUGGAAAGCAAAUGCACAGCCAUGAUUAUCGAAGCAAUGAAGCAUUUGAAGGAGAAACCGUUCUUGUCAUUGGGGCAGGCCCAUCAGGAAUGGAUAUGGCAUAUGAGAUCUCCAAGAAAGCGGUUCGCGUCACCUUAAGCCACCAUUUGAAGGAUAAGCCCCAAACAGUGUUCCCGGACAACGUUACACUGAAGCCGGACGUAGUGCGACUCACCGAAACCGGUGUACAGUAUACGGACGGUACCAGCCAAGACUUUAGUGUCAUUUGCUACAGCACCGGUUACAAAUAUACCUUCCCGUUCCUGAGCGUCGAUUGCGGAAUUACGGUUGAAGACAAUUACGUGCAGCCGCUUUACAAACACUGCAUCAACAUUCGCUAUCCUACGAUGGCUUUCAUCGGACUUCCGUUCUAUGUGUGUGCCGCUCAGAUGAUGGAUCUGCAGGCACGAUUUUGUCUAAAGUUCUUUAGUGGCGGGAAAGCGUUACCUACGCGAGAGGAGAUGAGUGCGGACACGAUGGCCGAGAUGGAGGAACGUUGGAAGCGAGGUUUGAAGAAACGACAGGCACAUAUGAUGGGCCCAGUGGAGGAUCGCUACUACGAUGAUCUCGCACAGACGGCAGACAUUGAGCCAAUCAAACCGGUGAUCAAGAAGCUGCAUAAGAUCAGUGCGAUGCGCUUUUCGGAAGAUUUGGUAAAUUUUCGAAGCGAUAAGUUCCGGAUAGUGGACGAUGAUACGUUCGUCAAGAUUGACUAGGGUUCUUUCGGAACAAACAACAAAAGACCCUUUCGUUUGUGCGCAACACUAGAGGGAAUGUGAUUUAAUAUUCGGUAAGAUAAAUGCGCAAUUUAGUACAACUAUGGUAGAGUGGAAGAAUGCGUAAUAUAUAAUCGAAAUAUAAACAUAAAGUGUAUGAGUUAUGACGAUACGGCACAAUAUGGGUCGUACUAAUGGAAAAUAAAUAAAAACAUAACAAAUAAUAUAUAA